GGCCCCCGCCCCACCCCCGGCUCCGCCUCCACCCCGCCUCGCUCCGGCCGCGGCCCCUUCCUCCCGCAGCUGGUGCUGUGGGGCCGCGGAGCCGCACGUCGCUGUCUCUAUGGCUCCGGAUCCCAGCGCAAAGAAAUCAGAGAGAAACUGGAACUCCCCUCCACACCCUCAGUUGGGGGCAAGGUGACCCCUUCAGUUACCUACAACUUUGCUGGGACCCUCCAAUGCCCACUCUCCAUGGAGUUUGCCUUCGAUGCAGAAAAGCACGUGACCCGCCCAUCUGUCCCUCUGACUUCUGAGCUGUGAUUCCAUGGCCACACAACCUUGUGGCUCCAUGUCUCCCCCAUUCCAGGAUCCUCCGUGGCCCCAUGACGACUUGAUCCCUAUGGCCUCAUGACCCCUGACCUUCCAUGUGAUCACGGCCUGGCCUUUGACCCCAGCGAUUGCUCUUUCCCUCCAGUCCUGUGACUCUGGCCCCGGCUGCCUUUGGGGUCUGGUUGGUCUGAACUUCCCCAGGAAGAUGUGGGGGAGGCUUGGGCCCCUCCUCUUCAGUUUCCUCACAGUAACAGCAGUCCCUGGACCCUCACUACGGAGACCGUCCCGAGAGCUAGAUGCCACCCCACGGAUGACCAUCUCCUAUGAAGAGCUCUCCCAGAUCCGGCACUUCAAGGGCCAAGCCCAGAACUAUUCAACACUCCUGCUGGAGGAGGCUUCCGAAAGGCUGCUGGUGGGGGCCCGAGGCGCCCUGUUCUCUCUCAGUGCCCGUGACAUAGGAGAUGGGGCUCACAAGCAGAUCCACUGGGAGGCCUCCCCAGAGAUGCAGAGCAAGUGUCAUCAGAAAGGGAAGAACAACCAGACGGAGUGUUUCAACCACGUGCGGUUCCUACAGCGGCUCAAUGCCACCCACUUUUAUGCAUGCGGGACACACGCCUUCCAGCCUCUCUGUGCAGCCAUUGAUGCUGAGGCCUUCAUCUUGCCUACUAGCUUCGAGGAGGGAAAGGAGAAGUGUCCUUAUGACCCAGCCCGCGGCUUCACAGGCCUUAUCAUCGAUGGAGGCCUCUACACAGCUACACGGUAUGAAUUCCGGAGCAUCCCUGACAUCCGCCGGAGCCGCCACCCACACUCUCUGAGAACUGAGGAGGCACCCAUGCACUGGCUCAAUGAUGCUGAGUUUGUAUUCUCUGUGCUGGUGCGGGAGAGCAAGGCCAGUGCCAUGGGUGACGAUGACAAGAUUUACUACUUCUUCAUGGAACGUGAAGAAGGUUCUAGCAGCUUCACGCAGAGCCGCAGCAGCCACCGUGUGGCUAGAGUAGCCCGUGUGUGCAAGGGGGAUCUGGGAGGAAAAAAGAUCCUGCAGAAGAAGUGGACGUCCUUCCUGAAGGCUCGUCUCAUCUGCCACAUUCCGCAGUAUGAGACACUCCGUGGCGUCUGCAGCCUGGAUGCUGAUACGUCGGCCCACACACACUUCUAUGCAGUCUUCACACUGACUACACAGUGGAAGACCCUGGAGGCUUCAGCCAUCUGCCGCUACGACCUGGCUGAGAUGCAGGCUGUCUUCACAGGCCCCUUCAUGGAGUACCAGGAUGGUGCCCGGCGUUGGGGCCGCUAUGAGGGUGGGGUGCCUGAACCCCGGCCUGGCUCGUGCAUCACAGAUUCAUUGCGCAGCCAAGGCUACAACUCAUCCCGAGACUUGCCAUCCCUGGUCCUGGACUUUGUGAAGUUGCACCCACUGAUGGCUCGGCCUGUGGUGCCCACACGUGCGCGGCCCCUGCUGCUGAAGCGCAAUGUACGCUACACACGUCUCACGGGAACACACGUCCGCACGCCUGCUGGACCCACCUAUGACCUGCUCUUUCUGGGCACAGCUGAUGGCUGGAUCCACAAGGCCGUAGUCCUGAGCGCUGGGAUGCACAUUAUCGAAGAGAUCCAAGUGUUCAGGGAGCCCCAGUCUGUGGACAAUCUAGUCAUCUCUCCCAUGCAGCACAGCCUCUAUGUGGGAGCUGCUAGUGGAGUCAUCCAGUUUCCGCUGUCCAGCUGUUCACGCUACCGUUCCUGCUAUGACUGCAUCCUGGCUCGGGACCCCUACUGUGGCUGGGACUCCAGCACCCAGGCCUGCAUGGUGGCCACCACCGUAGCCAACAGGACGGCACUGGUACAGGACAUAGAGAGAGGAAACCGAGGCUGUGAGGGCAGCAGGGAUACAGGACCGCCACCACCACUCAAGACCCGCUCUGUGCUCCGGGGUGAUGAUGUCCUCCUGCCCUGUGACCAGCCAUCUAACCUGGCCCGAGCUUUGUGGCUACUCAACGGGAGCAGGAGCCUGAGUGACGGGCAGGAUGGCUACCGAGUGGGGGUGGAUGGGCUGCUGGUGACAGACACACGGCUGGAGCACAGCGGCCACUAUGGCUGCUACGCUGAGGAGAAUGGUCUCCGCACACUGCUGGCUUCCUACCGCCUCACAGUCCGCCCGGCCACCCCUGCCCCAGCUCCACAAGCCCCCGCCACGCCAGGGGCACAGCUGGCACACGACAUGAGGUUGUUCUAUGUGGCAGCCAUCGCUAUACUCGGUGGCCUCUGCCUCAUCCUGGCGACUUCCCUCCUCUAUGUGGCCUGUCUGAAGGGAGGCAGACGAGGUCCAAGGCGAAAAUACUCAUUAGCUCGGGCUGGCCGGGCAGGGGGCUCAGCCGUGCAGCUGCAGACAGUCUCAGGCCAGUGUCCUGGAGAGGAGGAUGAAGGUGACGAUGGGGAGGGGGCUGGGGGCCUGGAGAGCGGCUGCCUCCAGAUCAUCCCUGGGGAAGGAGCCCCAGCCCCACCCCCUCCACCGCCACCGCCACCCCCGGCCGAGCUGACCAAUGGGUUGGUGGCGCUGCCCAGCCGGCUCCGGAGGAUGAAUGGCAACAGCUACAUGCUCCUGAGGCAGAGCAACAAUGGAGCGCCAGCCGGACCCUGCUCCUUUGCAGAGGAGCUCAGCCGCAUCCUGGAGAAGAGGAAGCACACACAGCUUGUGGAGCAGCUAGAUGAGAGCUCUGUCUGAGCCCAGCUUCCCAAGCCAAUGCCCUUCCAAGCCAGCCUGCCUGCCCCGGGCUGGGCCUCUGCCUCCCCAACACAGCCACCCCCCUUCAUGCUCCCGACUCCAUUCCCCUCUUCCAACUUUUUGAUGUCUCUGUAGGGCUGGCCAGAGCCAUGGUUAGCCAACCCCCCCUCUUCAGUCUCCAAGGCACACACGUGAGCAGCCCAGGCCUACCGGUGCUCCUCAAAGGUAGGUGCUCCCUCAGGACCAAGUACUCCGCAAACCCAGUUUCCAGCCCUUAACCAGAGGCUCGGGAGGAGGACUGUCCUCUUAACCCAUUAGCUGUCCACCCUUCCUCUCUCCCCAGGCAGGGCUCUGCAGGUCCAGAUGGCCUCAAUGUCACCACCCUCCGCACAGCUCUGUGUGCUGGGUAGCCCCGAAUCCAGACAAGACCUCUCUCUCUACCAGCCACCCGAGUCCUGCUUACAUUCGCAUGUGCACAUGGGAGAAUGCUUGUCAGCUGGGCUGGUGUCCCCCUCCCCCUCCUCCUCUUGGUGCAUCCUAGUUUCAUUCCUCCUAGACCCGGGGCCCCUCCCAGCUGUCACCUUCCUGUCUAGUCCUCUUUCCAGUCCCAGCCCCAUGUGGCAACCCUUGGCAGGAAGACUGGGGAUAGGCCAGUCUGGGCGGUAAGAAACAU